GGCAAAAUAUGGUGGCGCGCCACUAGGUCAUCUUUAAAAACACCAGCAGCCUACCUUCUCUAUACGUAAACAUAAGAGUUGCAUUAAGGAUUUGCGUCAUUUGGGGCUACUAUUUCUAGUAAAAACAUUACUUACAGAGAGAGUAGGCAUGCCACGUAACCUGAAAAAGAAGCCAAUGGAGCUACACUGUGAAUGGUGCUCCACUAAGGAAGUCUUUGAGGAUAUGCCAUUUUAUUUGCUGCACAUUAAAUCACACAUGCUAGAGUUCCUUCCCAAAGGAAUAACACCGGACAAUUACAUGGACUUCAAUAUUGUUAUUGAAGGGACCGUAGAGUACCACUGUCUUUGGAGAAAUUGCGGCUAUAUUACAAAUGGGCCCAUUUCCCUUCUCCGACAUCUUUACUUUCAUGCAUAUCAUACAAAAUUAAAAUGGUGGGGACAUCAGGAAAGAGUGAAGAUGGGAAAGGCAUUAUGCCAACUCGAUGCCCAAGGGGGAAAUCUGAUCCCGGAAUUGCCACAGAGCUUUCAGUGUGGAUGGCAAGGAUGUGAAUUUGUGACAGACAAUCCAGAGGCUUUCCACUACCAUGCCGAGGAUCAUGGAAUAGAAAGUGUUGGAGAAGUUGAAGAUGGCAAGAUAAUUCAUCGUUGCGAGUGGCAAAGUUGUACAUCUAUUACUAAAAACAAUUUUAAAUUGCAAGACCAUAUACGCACCCACACCCAGGCCAAACAAUAUGCAUGUGUAGUGUGUGGUUCGUUAUUUGCCAAUCGUAGCAAGUUUUUUGAUCAUAUACACCGCCAGAUAGCUCUGGACCAACAAAAGUUCCAGUGUUCACAUUGUUCAAAGAUUUAUGCAACAGAAAGACUACUCAGGGACCACAUCAGGUCGCAUGUAAAUAAUUACAAAUGCCCGCAUUGUGAGAUGACAUGUCCAGCCCCAUCUGGAAUUCAGAAGCAUAUCCGAUGGAGACAUUCGAAUGAAAGGCCCUUUGCUUGCCAAUACUGUGAUCGUUCAUUCAAGAGUUUAAGUGGACUGCGAGGUCAUUUGGAUUGCCACAACCAGCAGCAAAUUUACGAGUGCUGUUUCGAAAAUUGUAAAUUUAGGAGCACAACUCUAAGCAAUCUACAAUGCCACUUUAAUAUUUAUCACAAAUUUCAAGGGAAGGCAUGUUAUAGCUGUCAUCUUUGUGAUAAAAAAUUCACGCGAGGAUUUAGUUUGACCAAGCAUCUCAAGGGCAUACACAAACUCAAGUGGCCAGCAGGUCACAGUAGAUUCAGGUACAAAUGCUACGACGAUGGGUUAUAUAGGUUACAGACAGUGCGCUAUGAAAGUGUUGAGCUCACGGAACAGCUUAUAAUGGAGAGAGGAAACGCAGAACAAACAAAUGCUUCAACUAGCCAAUCGGAUGUUUCUCAGAACCCGGAACAGGCAGUUGAGGUGGUGGUUGAAAUGCCCCAGUGGCCUCAAGUUGCAGUUGAAAUAACUGCUACAAGUCAGUGAAUGCACAAGAAGUUUUUGUAACAAACCUUACAUAAAAUACUAUAAUAAUAUAUUUUGAAAAGAUUUAAGGUGUUUUGUGUGAAUUUGAUAUAUUUUGAAUAUAUUGUGUUUUACUAUAUAUUAAAAAUGUAUUUAAUUGAAUUAUUAAUCAUGAUUAUGGGAAAAAUCUAAUAAAGUAUAGCAAUAUUUCUUUCUACUUUUAUAGAUGAUCUCAUUAGUAACAAGAGACAAAAAUAAAUACAACCAUACUCGGUAUAUUCAUAUUCAGUAGAACCGUUGGGAACCGAAAAAUGUGUUCAAUUAAUAGAGGUUGGCCCUAGUGUUAAGAUAUACUGUACUUCCCUUCGUUUCAUGGUCGAAAAAGUGUCUCCAAGGGGAAUUCUACUGUAUUAUGAUCAAUAUUGAGUAGGGCUGCUAUUAUAGCUAUGGGAAUCUCCACAUAGAGGUCUAUGUUCCUUGAAGGCGAAAUUCUUACACAUUACCUCUAAUAGCUUAAAUUAGAAAUAUUUGAUGCUAGAAGAAUACUGUAUUUACACUCAAUUUUUUAUAAUAUUUUUAACCAUUGGGUUGGCUAAGCCUAAAUUCUAUUAUUUUAACCUAGAAUCAACCUAGAAGUAAGGAUAGACAGGGCUAGUAAUUUUUUGUUUGUAUUUGUAUUGCCUUUUUUAUGGUUUUUAAUGUCUUCAUUAACUGAAUAAAAUAUGAAUGGUUAAUUAAAA